AUGUCAUACAAUCCACUAAGCAACAAUAGCAAUGAUAAUCAAGAUCCAUUUUCUGACCAAAAUAUCUUAUCCAUAGAAGAGCCAGCGGCUAUUCAUGCUACUGAACUGUUGAUAUCUACACAAGAACAUUUACACGAACUGGGGCCAUCUCACUUCAAUGACGACCUAAAAGCUGACAGUAGUAAGAAUUUCAAACAUAGUGAGUUUGGCAGUAGUCUGCUGGAACGCGCCGAGGAGGAGGAAGAAGAUGGAUACGACGAUGAUGAUGAUGAUGACGAUUAUGACAGGUUUGACCCAAUACAGUUUAAACACUCUGGUAAUGGAGGCGACGACAACGAGUUGGAGCGCAGUUCGACUGACUCAUUUACUGAUGAAUUUGGUAAUCAUUAUGCAAUCGAUUUCAACAACAAGGCUUAUACACAGAAACUUACCUUUAAAGGCAACAGAUUAGUUUAUUUCACAUCAGCGUUUGUCAGUUUAUUUGUAAGUUUAUUUGGAUAUGAGCAAGGUGUAUGUAGCGGUAUACUCGCUUUUGACACAUUUAAUGGGUUUUUCAAUACACCAGGACCAGCAAUGAUUGGAUUCGUUAUUUCAAUUUUGGAAAUUGGUGCCAUGGUUAGCUCUAUUUUGGUUGCCAAGAUAUCUGAUACUUUUGGCAGGAAAAGGACAAUUUUGUUGGGUACGUUUGUGUUUAUGAUUGGUGGUGUUCUACAAUCAUUUUGCCCCAACAUGUUUGUUUUCACUUUGGGCAGAGUGUUUAGUGGGAUUGGUGUGGGGAUCCUUUCUACAAUUGUCCCAUCUUAUCAAUGUGAGAUUAGUCCUAGUGAAGAAAGAGGGAAACUAGUUUGUGGUGAAUUUACUGGUAAUAUUACUGGUUAUGCUCUUAGUGUUUGGGUGGAUUAUUUUUGUUAUUUCAUACAAAAUAUCGGUGAUACUAGGCAGAAGCCACAUUCAUUCUUGGCUCAUUUAAGUUGGAGAUUACCGUUGUUUAUUCAAGUGGUUAUUGCAUUUGUGUUGUUUAUUGGUGGGUUUUUCAUUGUUGAAAGUCCUCGUUGGUUAUUGGACAAUGAUAUGGAUCAACAAGGUUUUAAUGUCUUGAGUUUAUUAUACGACUCUCAUCAAUCAUUGACUAAACCCAAGAGUGAAUUUUUCAUGAUCAAAAACUCCAUUUUACGCGAACGGAAAUUGACUCCAAAGUCAGAACGUACUUGGAGACACUUAUUAAAGCAUUACAAGAAACGAGUGUUUGUUGCUUGCUCUUCGUUGAUUUUUGCUCAAUUGAACGGGAUAAACAUUAUUUCAUAUUAUGCACCACUGGUAUUUCAAGAAGCUGGCUUUGACGAUGCUGGUGCAUUAUUAAUGACCGGUGUCAAUGGUAUCAUAUACUUACUAUCAACCAUUCCACCAUGGUUUCUUGUCGAUAGAUGGGGUAGACGUCCAAUAUUGAUUAGUAGUGGGUUAGCAAUGGGUAUUUGUUUGGUAUUGGUUUCAGUGUUUAUGCUACUUAAUCGAUCAUACACAGCAUCAGUCGUUGCCGUUCUUGUUAUCAUUUACAAUGCAUCGUUUGGAUUUGGGUUUGGGCCCAUCCCAUUCUUGUUGUCGGGUGAAUCAUAUCCACUUUCAGUACGAUCAAAAGGUGUAUCACUUGCCGUGGCAUGCAACUGGUUGAGUAAUUUCAUUGUUGGUUUAUUUGCCCCUAUAUUGCGUCAUAAUAUUAAAUGGGCCAUGUAUUUGUUCCCUGCUGGUUCCUGUUUUAUUAGUAUUGUAUGCGUCAUUUUGUUUUAUCCGGAAACUAAAGGUAUUGAAUUGGAACAAAUUGAUGAGAUUUUCGAUGAAUUUUAUUCAAUUAAUCCAUUCAAACGAGUGGUGGGUAGUUUUGAUAUGAUUUUGAGAAAGAGGAGAAAGAUUAGAGAUAAGCAAAGUAGACGCUUACAUGCAAAGUAUAAUAGAUUGAGCGAUGGACAUCAGGGAAGUAUCCACCGAUCUAGAGGUUAUCGUGGUGGUGGUGGUGGUGGUGAAGAUGAUGAUGAUACAUUUGAGUUACAAGCUUUGAAUGAAAUGGAUUAUGAGAAUCCAGAUAUAUAG